ACUCAGUUGUGACGCAUUUGUUUAUAAAACCGAGAGGAAGACCGGCCGGGCCAAACUAUAUUUUGUAGCCUUGAGUGCGAUGAAAUACAGGAAUAUGAUUUUGAAGGGAGUCUUCAUUUUUCUAGGGGUCGUUUGCGCCGUAGGCCUCGGCAGACUUGUCGGGGGGCUAACGGAUGUGGACGUCAAUGAAGAAGGCGUGCAGAAUGCCCUCAACUUCGCCAUUUCCCAACAUAAUUUGAAAACGGAAGACCCUUUCCUCAGAGUAAAGACUGGCGUGGUCGGGGUUAAAAAACAGAUUGUUUCUGGAAUCAAGUACGUCAUCACCGUCAACAUGACCAAGACUAACUGCUUGAAGGACGCUCCAAAUGAACAAUGCGACCGCCGUGCCGAUUUUCCGCCUUACCUGUGCACAUUUUCUGUGUGGAGCCGCCCAUGGCUGAGCGACAUGCAGCUGCUAGAGCCAAGGGACUGCUAGAAAAUGAGCCACGUGGGAAAACAUCAGUAUACUCUAUUACUUUUAAACGCUUAUUAGUGUUCUGAAUCAUAGGAAAAAUGAUAUACUAAGUCAACUAUUUACAGAGCAUGCAAAUAAUGACUGUAGCAGAAGAAAUGGUCAAAGUAUCACAAUUUUAUGUUGGGUUGUAUCAUUUCCCUUUUUUUUUUAGCAUUUUAGUGAAACUACACAUAGAUGUGCACUCUUUUUUUGCUUUUAAUUAAAAUUAUUUUAAUGAAACAAACUUGCUACACAUAUGUGCACUCUUGCUAAUUUGCCUUUUAUAAGCAAUGUGUUGUGUUUUAAUAUGAAAUUAAAGUCCUGAACAUUUCACAAA